CCAUACCAUUCACAAGAAGUCGUAGAAGUUGAAACAAACCCUAGAGCAGAUGGGUACGCUGGAGAAACGUGUUGUGAGCGCUGCUGAUUUCGAGGAUCCAGAGCAAAAGAAAUUGAAAAUAGAUGACGGCAGCUCUAGCCCCAAGCAAAACAAAUCUGAUUCAUCAGACUAUGAUUCCGAUGCCGAAUAUGUUCGGUUUCACAAUCAGUUAGCCGAGAGUGAUGGCUUUGAUGUGGAUGCCAAGCUGCCUGAAGACGUAAUGUCUCUCUUUGGUGUUGUUGACAUCAACAAAAUGUCAGCUAAACGGCGUCAGGAAUGUGAUGAACUUGCGAGGGAGGCCAUCAAGUUCCAUAACCUUUACAAGAAGCCAGAGAUUUGCAAUCUGGAUCUGGAGUUUGUGAAGCUUUUGAAGCUUAACUUGCAGUAUCGAAUUUCUCCUCGUGGUGGGUUGUUUUUCCUUACCUUUGAAGCCAAGGAUGCCAAAGAUGGUUCAAUUCAUUGCUAUCAGGCCAAGGUUUUUACUCGUUACACCAAGGACGGCAGAAUCCCUGAGGUCCAAAUGAUUAGGAAGAAGGGCGAUAGUUAUUAUAUUGGCAAAGAUCCCAAGCGAGGUGGACCCUGUGAUGAUUGCGAAGGAGGGGAGCCAUGCGGCGGCUGUUGAUUGAGUUUUAUGUUGAUUUAAGUUAUAGGCAAGAAAGCAAGGUAGGAGCUGUUUAGCUGUGGAAAUAAAUAUAAGGCCAGAUAUAAAAUUAAUGGUUUGGUAAUAUCAUGUCUUGCAAUGAUGCUAAAUCCUAGUUGUGCUAGUUGGCUAUGGCCAUGUUUAAUUAUAAAUGGAUUAGCAAUCAUGUGUUUGCUUUGGUUAUACUGUAAUAGCAAGAAUAUUUUCUCAAAAUGAUGCACAUUUAUUCUUAAUCUUCAGUCCAAUAUGUAUGUGUUUACUGCUUUCAAAAUAUAUACACAGGUAUUUGAGUAGUUUUCACACUCUUGUUUUCAAUAAAAAUCAUCUUAUGUU